AUGAAAAUGAAUAAAAAGAUAUUGUGUGUUUUGAUUAUAUCUCUUAUUUUAUUUAUAAUUCAAACUUAAGCUGCUAAAAUUACUAUCCCUCUAAGAUAGUACGAUAGUGGAGAUUUGUAUAUUAAUACAAGUUACGGAACUCAAGAUUGUGAAAUUGAUCUCUUUAUUGAAUUCACUUAAGAGUGCUACAAUAUUAUUUCUAAUCCUUUACAUUAAACUGAUGUCUGUGGUGCAAAAUAUAUUGGUAUUGAAAAUUAUUACACUAAAAAACCAAAUUACUCAACUUAGUUUUAACUGGGAAACGCAUAAGCCACUCUAUAAUUCAUAGUAUCUAAUGAAUUUAGCGAUAUUGGCCGUAGAACACUUUGCUUUUCAAGUCAAUCAAAUCAUCAAGAUAAUGCCUUUGUCUAAUUAUUUGAAGAGAAAUUAAUUUCAAAACAAGUAGCUUACAUUAACUUGAAUAGAACUACUUAAGAUAAAGCUGAUGACUCGGUUGUUGGAACAAUUGACAUAGGAGAACCAGAUUUGUCUUUAAUUAAAUAAGGAUCUAACUUAGUUGAAUUGCAGAAAUACACUGUUUAAGAUUUAGGUAAUUAUAGUUCUAAUUGCAAAAAGGCUACUUAUUCAGGAUAAAAUUUAGACCUCUAUAGCUUUACUCAUAUUAACUUUAAUUCUCCUUUCACCGUUCUUCAUAAUAAAGCUUUUAAUAAAAUCCUUCAAACAUUUAAUUAAAAUGGCAUUAAAUACAGAAUUGAUUAACCUUCACAAUAUAAAUCUCCUUCCAUUUAUUUACCUUCAGUAGAAAAGUUGGAACCUUUGCAAUUUUAAUUCUAAACAGUAGAAGGAAAUGAUUUUACUAUUACACUCUAGGCUUAUCAACUCUACUAAUAGUUACCAAGCGGAGAAUACCAGUUAUUAAUCUAGAGUUAACUACCUUCUUAAAACUAUUAGUCUAUUGGUUCAACCGUUUUUUAGGAUUACUAUAUUGGAGUUGAUUUUUAGAAAUAGUCAAUUCUCAUAGCAGAGAAAGCUUCAAGUUAAAAACUGUCUAAUUUCAGAGGAACAAAAAAUUUACAAUGA